GCUCACAAAGAGGGGCGGGGCCAAACUGACGCAGUUGAGCAACAUGGCGGCCGCCAUUGAAAGUUUGCUAGCAGAAAUAGCCGAAGUGGAGGAUCCGGCUGAGGGACUCAGAAGCCUUAGGACGGCUGUUUUCGCGACUCCUGUUAGCUCUUUGAGGGAAACUUUAUCCGUCGCGCAGCUGGGAAUCAUUUUCUCGAUGCUGAACACAAAUGAUAAGGAGCAGAUAGAAGUAUGUGUGGAGAUCCUGGGACGAGUCUUGGAGGUAUUAGAUCCUGUCCAGCUGGCUCGCGACUGUAAGACGGAGCUUCAGAGUGGACUUAACCAUCCAGAUAAUUCUGUCAAAGUGCUCGCUCUCACUCAGAUUGGGCGUGUGGUCGGCAAUGCAGAGGGGAUAGCACAGGUGAUGAAUAAUCCUGAGAUUCUACAAGAUGUGAUCCAGUGCAUGGGGGCAGAAAGUAUAGGUGUAUCUAAAGAGGUGAUAUCUGCCCUCAGCAAGCUGUGCAACACAAAGACAGGGCUUGACACUCUGUUCCGCUCCGAUUUGUUAAACAAGCUCAAAGACGUGAUGGCAAUGAGUGACAUUGUCAGAUACAGAGUGUAUGAGCUGGUGGUAGAGAUUUCAUCUGUGUCCCCUGUCUCAUUGGGUUACUGUGCCAGCAACGGCUUUGUCACUAAACUUCUUGAGGAACUGACUGGAGAUGAUGUUCUAAUCAGAGCAACGGCUAUAGAGAUGGUCACCAGUCUGGCUCGGAGCCAACAUGGCCGUCAGUACCUGGCACAGCAGGGAAUCAUGGAUAAACUAUCUAACAUGAUUGUGGCUGCAGACUCCGAUCCUUUCUCCAGUUUGUACCUGCCAGGCUUGGUAAAAUUCUUUGGUAAUCUGGCCAUCAUGGAUAGUCCCCAGCAGGUGUGUGAGAAUUACCCAGCAUUCCUCAGCAUGGUGUUUGCCAUGGCAAUGUCCUCUGAUCCCUCACAGAUACCCGUUGCCCUUGAUACACUGGGAGUGCUGGGAGGCACUGUUGAGGGCAAACAAGUCCUGCAUAAAACAGGUGAACAGUUUAACAAGGUGCUAAAGCAAAUGAGUCGGUUAGCCAAAGAUGGAGCUACUGAACUCAGAGUGAGGAGUCUGGAGGCCAUUGCUCAGCUACUCACACUGCCAGUGGAGCAGCAGACGGAUGACCUGUUGUCGCUAACGGAGUCAUGGUUCUGCUCUUUGAGCUCAGAGCCAUUGGAAAUGAUCAGGAACAUCAGCACCCAGCCAUUCCCUGAGUUACACUGCAGCACAGUACGCAUAUUCACUGCGGUUGCAUGCCAGGCCUGGGGUCAGCGAUUGAUGAUGUCAUCUCCUGGAUUUGCUGAAUGGGUGGUGGAGCGCUCCGUUAGUAAAGGGAAGGAGGCAAAAGACUGUAAAUUUGAGCUUGUCAGGGCUCUGUUAAGCUCAUCUAGCACACAAGAAAUCUUUGGUGCUCAAAAUUAUUUAAAGCUGAAAACUUACCUAAGGGAAGGGCCCUACUACGUCAGUGCCAUAGCCACUGUCACCACCGAGGGAGCAGAUUGAUUAAAAAAAGCCAAACAUUGAUUAACAUUCAUUCAGGUUGUUCAAUUUUCUUCUAUCACCACAUUCACAGUAGUAAGUGACUUUUUAAUACCUUUGCAAGUUUGAUGCAUAACUCACUGCCAUUUAACUCAAGUUGGAUCCAGAAGAUUCUAUACUACAACUACAAACCAAUUCUACAGUAAAGAAUUAUGCAAAAUCUUCUCAAUUCUUUUCUCUCAUCAACUUCUAUUUUUUAGCACCCAACACACAAAUAAAUACACUUAUAAUGGUUUAUUCUGGUAUUAAAUUAUUCAGGGCUUGAUAAACCAUAAAUCAAUUAGCUAGCCCACUGGGCAUAGUGUGUCCUUUUCUAGAUUAGUGUGAGGAAACCCAUCAUGUUUGUACCAAUGAGACGUCAUUGGCCCACGUUUGGCUUUAAGCCACAGUGUUGUCUAAACAUCACACCUAAAAAAUAUUAACUAUCUUUGUUUAUUUUUUAUGUUUUCCUGAUUCUAAAAAAGAUUGUAGUCUAUGUAUGCUAAUUAAUCCAACUAGUAAAAGCGUAACCUAUGUGAACACACACAGUUUAAAUAUACAGACUAAAAGGUCUGAAAGUCGUUCCUAAACAGGGUUUUUUCUUUCUCUGGUUAAAGAGACAAAAAAUGUUGGUAACUGUGUUAUCCUGCAGUGUGCAGUUUUCUAUGAGCUAUCAGUUAUAAAUAUGUACAUUAAUGACCCAGAUGUGUCUUUCCCCAGGUUACUGACUUAUUCAUUCCUAAGAUGUAGAAUUUUUGAUGCACCGUAAAACAGUUUGGCUUGUAUGAGGUUUAUAGAAUUUUGGAAAAACUGUACAUGGUCACUUGCUAGAGUGAACUCAUGUUCUUGAAAAAUGACAUCACAAAUGGUGAACACACAACUAAUACAUCUUAUUAGUGUUACCAAACGUUCCAAGAGGGAACACCUGCUGUGCGUUAAAAAAAAAUUAUAAACUAUGUUUUAUCUCUUGCACUAAAUUGAAUACAUUCAUUUUUGUAUCGUUGUUGAUCUUUCUUGUAUUUCAAUCCGGUGUUUAUAUAUUACCUGCUCGUAAUAAAGAAUAAAAUGAUAGUUUUGAACAUUUA